UAGUGGGUGUAUAAAAUAUAAAGCUUUAAUUUCUUCUUUUUUAAAUUUGACGGCUUUUAUCCCACUCUAAGGACAAUUCGCCAAUCAGAAAAUGACUUCUCGCCAAUGAUGGCGCUGCGUACAGAAGUGAUGGAAAAAGGCGGGCUUUGAUCAGCUGUGACGGUAUGCAUCAGACAAACUCUGAGAAACGUGUGCGAUGAUGACAAUUUAUACAUGUGAACGUAUUUGCUAUCUUGGAGAUUUUUUUUGCAUUGUUACUUCUUGAUUAUUAAUAUUUAUCUUCUACAUACAUCGAGGAAAUAUCAUUCUUAAUUCAUUCACUGUGUAUCUGAAAUGGAAAGUUUGCAAAACACGGGGGCUGUUCGUUUUCCUAAAAGAUUCAACAAAAAUACGAAUCAAGAGGCCAGUGUUCCAGGGGAAAAUGCAUUGGGACGGUUGCUUGAAAUCAAGGAAGACAUCAGAAUUGACGGUGUGUAUGGAUUCCAUAGAGUCAUUGAUUCUAGAGAAAGAAUAGGAUUUCUACUUAAUAUGCAUGCGACGGAGAUUGUGGAGGAUGAUAAGCAUCUGCUAAGUGGCGUGGAUUAUUACUUCAUAGAGGAAGAUGCUACCCGAUUUAAAGUGUCACUACCAUUUUCUCCAUAUUUUUACAUCUUAUGUCGUAAAGAUACAUUUGAAGAGGUGUCAACAUUUUUAUCUAAGAAGUACAUAGGAAUCUUGACGAAAAUCGAAACAGUUUACAAGGAAGAUCUUGACUUGCCUAAUCACUUGAUUGGUUUAAGACAAAAAUAUUUAAAACUUUCCUUUGCAAAUACUGUUGAUUUAACAAAAGUUAAACGUGACAUUAUGCGCAUUGUUAAAGUUAACAAAGAGCGAGAAAAAAGUAACACUUAUUACACUGAUAUGCUAGCAACUACAUUGCAACCAAACGAACAAGAUAGCAGACAAACUUUAGAUCACAUGGAUAAUAUUCUUGAUAUUAGGGAAUAUGAUGUACCCCAUCAUGUCCGAGUAUCUAUAGAUGCUAACAUUUUUUGUGGAACUUGGUAUUCUGUAAAAAGUAGAGGAAAUGAACCACCUGUAAUUACACGAAAGGAAGACAUGAUUGAACCACCUGAACCUAUUGUUUUAGCAUAUGAUAUUGAAACUACAAAGUUGCCAUUGAAAUUUCCAGAUGCCAAUAUCGAUCAAAUUAUGAUGAUAUCAUAUAUGAUAGAUGGACAGGGAUAUUUAAUAACAAAUAGAGAGUUCAUUUCUGCAGACAUACAAGAUUUCGAAUAUACGCCAAAACCGGAAUUUGAAGGUCCUUUCAUAAUAUUUAAUGAGCCUAACGAGAAAGCGACUAUAGCAAAAUUUUUCGAUCAUAUUAAUGAAAUAAGGCCGCAUAUAUUUGUAACAUACAACGGUGAUUUCUUUGAUUGGCCAUUCGUUGAAACUCGAGCGGCUAUACAUAAUAUGGAUAUGAAAGAGAGAAUUGGUUUUUAUAAAAAUCGCGAAGGUGUUUAUGUCAGUAGAGCUGCCAUGCAUAUGGACUGUUUGUGUUGGGUGAGACGUGAUUCCUAUCUCCCAGUGGGUUCUCAAAAUCUAAAAGCUGUUGCCAAAGCCAAAUUGAGAUAUGAUCCAGUGGAACUUGAUCCGGAAGAUAUGUGCAGAUUAGCAUUGGAAGAACCUGAAACGCUUGCAAACUACUCCGUCUCUGAUGCUGUGGCAACAUUUUAUCUUUACCAAAAGUAUAUUCAUCCCUUCAUAUUUGCAUUAUGUACUAUUAUUCCUAUGGAACCUGACGAAGUACUCAGAAAAGGAUCCGGCACAUUAUGCGAAUCGCUUCUUAUGGUAGAAGCUUUCAAAGCUAAUAUUAUAUUUCCAAACAAACAAGAAACCGAAUUAAACAAAUUGACAAAAGAUGGUCAUUUAUUGGACCAAGAAACUUAUGUAGGUGGACAUGUGGAAGCUUUGGAAUCUGGUGUUUUUAGAGCUGACAUCCCGUGUCGCUUUAAAAUUGUACCGAGCGCCGUAGACCAAUUAAUCAGUGGUGUAGAAAAUGCUUUAAAACACACGAUACAAGAAGAAGAAAAAGUACCAAUCGAGAUGGUUACAAAUUUUGAUGAAGUAGUAAACGAAGUUAAAGAAUUGAAGGAACUUAAAGAUCAACCUUUGAGAUUAGAAAAUCCUGUAAUUUAUCACUUAGACGUAGGUGCUAUGUAUCCCAAUAUAAUUUUGACUAACAGAUUGCAACCUUCCGCUAUAGUAAAUGAAAUGGACUGCGCGGUAUGUGAUUAUAAUAAACCUGAUGCUCUUUGCCAAAGGAAGAUGAAAUGGAUGUGGAGAGGCGAAUAUUUGGCUGCAAGUUUAGGCGAAUAUCAAAGAAUAAAACAACAAUUAGAAACUGAAAGAUUUCCACCACAAUUUCCUGGUGGUACAAAGAGAGCUUUCCACGAAUUGACCACGAAAGAGCAAGCUACACUUCAAAAGAACAGGCUUACAGAAUAUUGUAAAAAAGCUUAUAAAAAAGUAAAAAUUACCAGAACAGAAGAAAGAACACAAACGAUCUGUCAGAAGGAAAAUUCGUUCUAUGUAGAUACUGUGAGAGCAUUUCGAGAUAGAAGAUACGAGUAUAAAGCAUUAACUAAAGUUGCGAAGCGGCAAGUAGCAGCAGCAGUCGCGAAAGGAGAUGCCGCUGACAUAAAAUCUGCCAAGAAUAGAGAAGUUUUGUACGAUUCUCUUCAGCUUGCUCACAAAUGUAUUCUAAAUUCCUUUUAUGGCUACGUUAUGAGAAAAGGAGCACGAUGGCACAGCAUGGAAAUGGGUGGCAUUGUAUGUUACACAGGGGCUCAUAUUAUCAUGAAAGCUAGAGAAAUUAUAGAACAAAUCGGUCGUCCAUUAGAACUGGAUACCGAUGGUAUAUGGUGUAUAUUACCUGCGUCUUUUCCAGACUCUAUUAUAGUUCACACUACUCAUGAAAAAAAGUCGAAAUUUACGAUCUCGUACCCGAAUGCGGUUCUUAAUUUCAUGGUGAAGGAUCAAUUUACUAAUGAAGUAUACCAUGAUCUUGUGGACAAAGAUAAUUUAACAUACGAAAUCAGAAACGAAAAUUCAAUAUUUUUCGAAGUUGACGGUCCAUAUCUGGCGAUGGUAUUGCCUGCUGCCAAAGAAGAAGGAAAGAAAUUGAAAAAACGAUAUGCAGUUUUUAAUUUCGACGGUUCGCUGGCCGAGCUAAAAGGAUUUGAAGUAAAAAGAAGAGGUGAACUGCAAUUGAUAAAGAUUUUUCAAGCUUCUGUUUUCGAAUCUUUCUUAAAAGGUAACACAUUAGAAGAAUGUUACGCUUCGGUCGCGAAGGACGCAGAUUAUUGGUUGGAUUUACUUUAUAGUAAGUGUGCGAAUAUGCCUGAUUCCGAAUUGUUCGAGCUGAUAUCUGAGAACAAGUCUAUGUCGCGUAAACUGGAAGAAUAUGGCGCUCAGAAAUCCACGUCGAUUUCUACGGCUAAAAGAUUAGCCGAAUUCUUGGGCGAUGAGAUGGUUAAAGAUGCAGGUUUAGCUUGUAGAUAUAUUAUAGCGAAUAAACCACAAAGCGCGCCUGUUACUGAACGCGCGAUACCGUUGGCUAUCUUUCAAUCGGAACCAGCUGUGCGAAGACACUACUUGAAAAAGUGGUUGAAAGUUUCUACUUUAUACAGCGAUGACAUAAGAGAUAUCUUGGAUUGGAAUUAUUAUAUUGAACGACUCGGAAGCGCUAUUCAAAAAAUAAUCACUAUACCAGCGGCGAUGCAAGGCUUACUUAAUCCAGUUCCACGAGUGGAGCAUCCACCCUGGUUACAUAAAAAAAUAGCGGAGAAGAGUACGACCCAUCGUCAGAAAAAAAUUACAGAUAUAUUUACUGUAGUAGAAAAAAACAUUUCUCAUACAAGCAGCACUCAAGAAUCUCGUGAUAUAGAAGAUCUUGCAACACCAUCCACUAGUUUUAAAAAUCCAGUUUCAGUUGUUAACAAAAGAAAAAGACAACAUUCAGAGGAAGACGAAGCAAUUAGGGCCAAAAGUUGGAAAGAGGCUCUAGGCUCACCUCCUCCCAGAGGAACAACAAAAGAAGAGAGGCUCAAAUGGUUGGAAUUUCACAAGAAAAAAUGGGCUUUCCAAGCUAAACAGAGGCAACAGCAUCGGCAGAAAAAGAGUAAAACGGAUGAGAACGAUGGAAUAGCUUGGGGAGUAAUACGAAAUAAAAAUACGUCUACUUUGACUGGUUUCUUAAGACGCACUCAAAGAAAAUUAUUAGAAAAUCCAUGGCAAAUCAUUCAGUUAUCAGAAACAGGCGAACCUGGCAUGUUUCGAUUGUGGAUACUGGUCGAUACGCAAUUACAUCAAGUACGUCUCGUGGUACCCCGCGUAUUUUACGUCAACACUCGUAAAGCGAGACCCGAUCCAGGACCUAACGAGCUCUGGAAGAAGAGUUUUAAAUCUUUACCACGUUCUCGGCCGGUGUACAAUUUGUAUCGAUAUUCUCUACCGGAAUCUUUGUUUCAAGAGCACAGCCGAGAGCUCCUAGAGGACUUGAGCAAACCAGAAAUUGAAGGAAUUUAUGAGACACAAAUGUCAUUGGAAUUCCGAGCUAUAUUGCAACUGGGAUGUGUGUGCAUAGUCGAUCCGCGUGCCGCGCGUAAAAUGGCAGAUGGAGCCGAUACUUUCAUUCUGGAUCAAUUGGAAUUCAAGAGCAUCGCCUUUCAACCGUAUCUCAAACAAACCGAGUCGAUUAAUUACAUAUUUCUCUAUCAUCAUUGGAGUGCAAACCGUCAAAGAGCAUUGUGGGGUUUGUUCUUAAGCACCAGCAAGAGAGCUCAUGUAUUUGUCUUGGAUUCAGUUGCUUCCAAUCAGCUGCCGAAUAUGAAUACAUUGUACACGCACGAACGUAAGGCGAUACUGGAGCAGAAUGGUGAAGACAAGAUAAACAGAUUGCCUAAAAACAUGCAAUUCGUAGCACAAGUCGAAACGAAUUUUCAACAGGUAUGCCGUACGUUGCAGGCAGCCUUGACGACGUAUAAAAACGAAGGUCACGGCGCUACGAUUAUUAUUAAUCAAACCGCCCUGGACAGAACGGUGUUGAUUACUGAAAUGCCACUUCUCAAUGAAUUUCCUCUCGUUAGCACCCACGUGCGGGACGUUGAAAAUCUGUACGGCACAUUGGAGUGGCAGAAGGUGGGCGCAAAAAUGAUGGUCAGGCAUUAUUUGAAGAGUCAACAAAUCGUCGAAUUAAUCGCGGAACAAUGUCGAUUCUUCCACGCGCCUAUUGGCAACAUACCCGCGGACCCCACGCUCUUCGGUGCGGACUUAUUCUAUGCCAGACAUCUGCACAGGAACAACUUUGUCCUAUGGUGCUCGCCCACAGAGAAACCCGAUUUAGGCGGCAGCGAGAACGACGAUAACAGACUACUGACGGACUUCGAGGAAAGCUCAAGCUGCGCUGCGAACAAUCCGGGCACGUAUUCCAGCGUUUGCAUUCAAUUGGACAUGGAAAGUCUGGCGGUCAACGCUUUGUUGCAGUAUCAUCAUAUUCAUGAUAUAGACGGAACCAGUACAUUCGUGGCUUUCCACAAUCAACAGCGUCCAUCUGUUCAGGACAUGGCAAUGGGUGGUGAUUCCGCGACAAUUCCCAUCUACGACGAAAUUACCUUGUGCAAUCCGGCGUUCAAAACAUUGCGAAGCAUGGUGAAUGCGUGGCUACUCGAAGUAUCCGUUUAUAAAAAUGUAUUUGCGGACUAUCAAUUGAUCCACUUUUAUCGAUGGCUGAGAUCUUCAAACGCUUUGCUUUAUGAUCCUGCUCUACGCCGUACUCUGCAUACUUACAUGAAAAAAUUAUACAUACAAUUAAUAGCAGAGUUCAAAACAUUGGGUUGUAUUAUAGUCUUUGCAAAUUUUAAUAAGAUUAUCGUAUGCACAAAGAAAAGAUCUGUAAACGAUGCUUUAGGCUACAUGGAGUUUGUUGUUCAAACUAUACGAAACAAGGAGUUAUUUCAUAGUAUUGAAAUUACAUAUGAUCAAUGUUGGGAAUAUUUAAUAUGGCUAGAUUUGCACAACUAUGCUGGUAUCAAAGGGCAGCUGUCUAAAAAUAAUGCGGAAGAUGAUGAGAAUACUGAAAAUGACGACGAUGAUGACACGCCACAAAUAAUGAUGAAUUGGAGUUUGAUGGAGUGUUUGCCCGAAGAAGCAGGAUGUCAAGCAAGUUUCAAUGCUGUAAUAGCCGGAUAUAUUAACGCAAUAUAUCAGUGCAUGGUUGAGAACGAAACCAAUAAUUCUUUGAGACCGAGAAGAAGAUACAGCCAAAGUCAAUCUUUUAUAGCGCCUCUUGGUUUAGGUGCAUUGGAAAACACAGCCGAUUUUGCGAAAAAAUUGAUAUCAGGAGAAAUGUCUCAACGAUUAUUCAAAAUAGUCCAAAAGAUACAUCGGAAUUUACCGGAGAAGAUAUUAACUCUUGAGAAAUAUCCUAAUUUGAAUAUGGGUGGAAAAGAAAGUAUACAAAUUAAUCCUGCGCUUGAAUUAAUCAAAGCAGUGUGCAAAGUUUUAUCUCUGGAUAAGGAAGUGGAAAAUGAGAUUUAUCAUUUAAAGGCAAAUCUGUUACGACUGAUCGGAGUCGGUAGCUAUGGCGACAAUGUUGAAUGGAAAGAACCGUGUAUCUCUCUCGUUCUACCAGAAGUUAUAUGUAAAGCAUGCAAUCAUACGAGAGACAUUGAUCUUUGUAAAGAUCAAUAUUACACAAAUGAAAAUAACAGACAUAUCUGGAAAUGUCCUGUCUGUGAUACUUCUUAUGACAAUACAGAAAUAGAAUUCUUAUUGAUUGAUAAAUUAAAUCGCAAAAGUAUGGGUUACGUAUUACAAGAUCUACAAUGCCGCAAGUGUAAAGAAAUCAAGCGGGAGAACAUGAAUAUGUUGUGUUCGUGCUCAGGCGAAUACGAUAAUUUAAUCUCACGAGGUGAGGUGUCGACAUAUGUAAAUAUUUGUAAAUCUAUAGCUACCAAAUGUAAAAUGAAUAUUUUAGCAGAAAUAGUAGAUAAUACGAAACUUUUUACGGGCUAGUAAUUGAAUCAAAAAU